UAUUAUUAUUGUGGGCACCGUGUGACGAUCGAUGUAGAUGUUCGCAUUAUAACUAUCGAUAUUGUCGUCGUCGCGUUUUUGAUGUUUUCGCGCUUUUUACAGACCAGCGUGGUUCGACGGCCCGGGAACACUUUCUCGGUAAACGUACACCUAUAGCGGAGUCCCAUCAGUUUAUUAUCACUGCAGCGCAAGCGUCGUAUUCGAUUGAUAUUCAUAUUAUUUUACACAUAUAAUACAUACUUACCCAUCGCCACCGUCCAACGUCUUCCGUCAACAUGUUGAUGCUCUUAAGGAUCGCCGAAUUGAUAAUCCCAAUUAUGAUAUCAAUUUGUAUGAUGGGAUUCAAAAAUAAAAAUGUUACUGAUUAUGUCAAGAUGCUUCAACUACAAAGCCAUGAAUCACACUGGUUUUUCAAAAUUGUUUUUACUCAAAUUGCCAUUUAUGUAAGUUUGUUUUUUACCAUGCUUGUCAUAUGUGGACUAUUGAUAAAAGAACAAAUUCCUAAGAAAUUGGUCCUCAUUGGCUCAGUCGUACAAGUACUUUUAUGUAUUGCAUCCUCAUAUUUUCUACUGCAAUUUCAUAAAGAUAUGGGCAAGUUUGAACUAGUCCUAUGUUCUUCAGCAUUCGGAUUUAAUGGCUUGUUGUUUACAAUUGAUGCGAUAAUUAUGUUUCAACAAAUCGUAUUUUCACGUCCACGAUAAAUUAUAACCUCCAU